AUGAUAUCAAAGAAUUUUUUCUGUGUUUUUGCGUUAGUUUGCUUUUUUCUUACUGCCCUUGCUGCUUCAACUUCAGUGCAACCUGGUGUUUACGCAGAAAAUAUCACCUCUUCUAUUUCAAAUGGAACUUCCAGCACAUUUGUUAUCCACUCCACGGGCCUUUCUGUGGUGGUUGAUACCACUGCUCCCAUUUAUUCCAACUCUAGUGUUUCUAUAACUUGGAAUUUCUCCGCUGGGUUUGAAGCAGAGGCUACACUUGUUCUCAUCAGCUUAAAAGAUCCAACUUUUGUUUACACUCAGAUAACUGUUAAAGAUAAUGGAACUGCAACGGUUAAGUUGGAGGAUUUUGGAGAUCUAAAUACUUCUCUCAGAUACUUCAAUAUCAGUGUCUCAAAUAAAUUUGGUUCUAGCAUAUCAAACACUUUCACUGUCCUUUCUAAAGACGAACUCAAAAUCACGCUCAACACGGUAAAAUUAUCUCAUGGACAAAAGCUUGGUAUUACUUGGCAGCCAAUUAAUACCCUGGGUCUCGCAAAUGUUUCCAUCAUUCGUCUUUCAAAUGGAACAGUCACAUCGAUCGAAUCCAAUAUCGCUGAUACUGGCUCUUUAACUGCCGAUAUUACUUCUGCACCCGGUGCGUAUCAGGUCAUUGUCAACUCUUCAAUUGGCAGUGGUGUUUCCGAGAUUUUUCAAGUUAGGAAAUCAUUUGAAGUCACUCUUAAUCCAAACAACAUCUCCUCUGCCGAUCCCAAAACCACAGUAUCCUGGAAUCUAUACGAUGAAUAUCAAAACAUGGUUAAUCUUUGUAUCUACAAAGAGGAGUUUAAACUUUACACAAUAAAAGUCAAGAACAACGGCUCCCACUCACUUGAUCUUACUAAAAUGGACUUGCCUCUGGGCCUAUAUGGCAUUGCUAUUGAGUCACAUAUGGGCAAUGGAAUCUCGGAUUUGUACAUCUACAGCAGUUCUGGCUUAGUUGUUUCUUCUCCAAAUGCCACAUCAUCUAUUUUCAACAACACAGAAGCAAUCCGUGUCGAAUGGGCUCCAUUCGAUAUAGAUGGCGAGGUUGUUGAGAUUACUCUGGUCAACAAUAAUACAGGUGCCGAAGUUGUGAAGAUAGCUGAAAACACCGGAUCUUAUGAUGUUAAUAUUUCCGAGUUGAAUAUUCCAGUCGGAACUUACCAUGUUAUUGUAAGCUCAGAGUUGGGUGCUGGCACAUCGUCUCCAUUUAUCCUUCGCUAUGCUCAAAACCUCAGCAUUGUCUCUCCAAAUGCAACGACCGAUGUUUCCAAAUAUGGCUCACUUAUAUUUAACUGGUUUCCAACAAAUCUGGCAGGCGGAAAUGUGUCCAUAUACAUCUAUCAGCCUUCAAACGAAGCUAUUGUUUAUGGUCCGUUCAGCACUGUUGAUGAUGGAAAUGCAGAAUUAAAUCUUGCAAAGAAAUUGAUUACCAAGAAUCUUGUGGUAGAUGAUAGCCUUUCUGUUGCUGGUAUUGAUUCUGUUGCUGCCUCUGGUGUCCUUAAUCGCAAAAAAUCUUCAUUCCCAAAAUAA